AUGUCUAUAUCUUCUUAUUUCACUCUCAACCAAGUUUUACCUCGACUGACAAGGUCACCUUUCAUCCAAGAGACUACUCAAACUUCUAUCACACUGUCCUGGGACGGAUGGAUGGACGGGGUAGACAUUGGCGAUCCACCACUCAUUGGAUACAAGGUAUACUACAAGGAGGCACUUCCAGAUUCUUCACAAUGGAUCCGUCUUGAUCGAGGAAACGCUUUGAAUGUUUCUCAAAUGAUUGAUGGCUUGUCUCCUGACAGGGAUUACUUGUUUGGUGUCUCUGCAGUGAGGGAUGGCGAUGGAGGAGAAGGACCUCUGAAUAAUGUGACUGCUAGUACUUCCUGUUUGGCCCCUACCGGAGUUCUAUCACAUGUGACAGUCCAUCAAGUGUCAUCUCCUGAACAGCUCCUUAUUACAUGGCAGUCUCUAACGGCUGACGGUGCUAUUGCAAACUGUCGUAGUGGUUUUACGAACACUUCCAUCUACUUCUCUUCAACGUCCGAUGUCUCUUCUCAAGGCUCAGUACAGUUUCCUGUUGAUUCUGCUGGUAGUUACUACCUUGGCUCAAUGGUACCUGACACUCAGUACUCGGUUUAUAUGACAUUGUGGAACAAAGAUAGCGAAGGUCCACGAAGCCAAGCGUCGUUUGGGAUGACUUCUCAAACACAAACAAGUGUCUCUUCAUCUAUGGUACCCUGGGCCCUGUUUAGUAUUAUUCUCCUUAUUUGUGCUGUCCUUGUCGUCAUCGUUCUCAUUUUCCGAUGGAAAAGACGCAAGGCGGACCCCCAACCUCCCGAGCCACGAGCCAAUCCUACGACUGAAGAUCAGCCAAUAUAUGAGAACCCAACCUUCGAUGGGUCGCCUCCUGUAAACGCCUAUGAAAGUUUGAAACGUUUAGAAGACAACACUACAGACGAUGCUAACAUCAAUGUCAAGAAAGGACGCAAGACGGAUCCCCAACCUCCCAAGCUACGAGCCAAUCCUACGACAGACGAAGAUCAGCCAACAUAUGAGAACCCAAUCUUUGAAGGAAAAAAAUAAAACAGACGCUACCAUCAAUGUGAUGUAAAAAUCUGAAUGAAUCAAUGAAAUUGGACUUAAGUCUGUGUACAGAGGUGACUCAAUUAAUUCAAAAUCUUGAAGCAACUCAAACAUGAAAGGCACGGAAUGUUUUACUGAAUGACUGAAAAUGACCUCCGAUGCCAAAAGAACAAAAGACAGGCGAAGAAAGAUGUCACAAUUUAAUUUGAAAAUACAUAUUUUAAACAAAAGCAGAGAUAUGACCAAUCUGAUUAAGAUGUGCCAAUUAGCUAGGCUAUUCCGUUUCUUACAUUGUAAGAUUUGCAUUAACAUUUUGGAUUCUACUGUGUCCCUUUCUUAAAAGAAUCUCUAUUGCAUGCAGUAUCGCAUUUUCAUUAUUCAACAAGUUUACAAUCAUAAUAGGCCUGAAUGCCUAUUCUUAGACUAUAGUCCAGAAAAUUGUUUCUUGGAAGUCUCAUUCCUUAUUAUAUAAAUUUGUGUACAAAAACUUCCAGAAGGAUAAGAGUCCUAUCGAGGCUAGUAAUUGUUAAACCCACAAUAUAAUUAUAUACUGACUACUUUGUAUCAUAGCUUAUCUUUGCCUCACCUAACAUGAUGAUAUGGUAAUGAGUCAUACUUUAAAAGUCCUCUUUUUAAAUUCGUAACACUACAAACACGAGCGAUAAGAUUCAUUUCGUCACCCCAUAUAAUUGCUUAUCAUGCAAGUGCUUCAGAAACGUGUUAAGGGUAUAUACAAUUUUUUAAAUCAGUUCAGAGACUUGCCAGUUGUUGAAGAAAUCAGUUUCAGAGACUAACAAGAUGUUAAAAUAUAUUGUCAGGUAAUUUACCGAAAUCCUUUGUUACUGUGUGUACCUUGAAUAAUCAUUUGUACAUACUUUAUGCAUUACGAUAUUUUAUCAUAAUUCUGUUUAAAAUGUUUAGAUUUAAAAUAAAUGUCGUACUUUAUUACUAUGCUAUAAAACCUGGUACCCUGUCCACAAGCAUUUUUGCUUUUAAGGGUAUCCCACGGUUUCAUAUUAUGUAUUUUUUUUCUACUGUUAGUUUGCCUUGCUUGUAAAUAUUUGCAUUUUUUAGUUAUGGAAAUAAAUGAAAUUGAAUUAG